CUGCCAUUCUGCGAGGACUGGGAAGAAGCAUUUUUUGCAUGGAAUUCAAUUUCGAAAGCUAGAAUCAAGAUCUAGAGAUUUUAAAUUUUUAUAUUCAGAUACCUCAGUUGUGGUUGGAGCAACGUUCCUGGACUAUACUUCAUUUGAAAAUGCCUUCUAAAGUUACUGUGAGAAAACAGGACUGCUGAACCUUGGCAGUGACCUAUUUUGCAUUUGUGGGCGGCUCUGAGAAAACCCGUCGGAAGGUGCGAGAAUCAUUUCUGAGAUAUUACUAAAAAUAGGCCCUGAACUUUAUUUUUAUCGAAAACGAAAUUAUAUGAAAUUCAGAAAGAUAAACCUUUCUACAUCAUAUGUUAAAAGGAAUUUGCUCAAAAAUUAUUUAAAAUAUUUUAAAAUAAUUUUUUUUGAAGACAUCGCCACCGUAUUACGCUGAAUUCUUAGACAAAGAGGGGGAAUAUGUACUCAAUCGGAUAGACACUUCUUUUCAAGGGAACCCCCACAUAUUAUAUACCAAAUGAAAGAGAAUUUUAUUGCCGUUUCAGGAAAACCCAGUGCACAUGAAUAUGAGAACAUCACCAAUAGUUCUGAGAGUUGCGCGUGUUGUAGUUUCACUUCUGAAAUGGUAUUUGUUAUGAGUGCCUUUUAACUUCUUAUGUACCAUUUCCUGCCGUUCAAACCAAAUGUGAACUGUACCUUAUUGACUUUAAGUUCUUUGUUCUGCUCUACGAAGUGGGUUUUUUUCCGAGCUUACAGUAAGUAGACUGAUUGUUUUCUGUUUCCAAGUGGUUGAGUGCUAUUGUUUACAUAAUUUUGGUGAUUCAAGAUGGCGGACCGAUCUGCUGAGGGGCGUAUUUCAUUGAUGCUGAGCGAUCUCGGUUGGAUUGGAAUGAGACAAAUCACAGACGAAAAUUAAUUGAAUGAACUGAUUAUUGACUAUUUCGAUGCAAGACCUAUUGAUUCUGGAGACAGUAGUUCGGAGGAGGAGACACAUGAUGAACCAAUUACGACUGUGGCCGUGACACACCCACACCCACACCCACACACCCCUGCUCAUGAUAUCGAACUUCAUGAAGAAGUCCUGGUUCCUGUUCAACCAGUUGGCGUAACAUCAUCAGAAGACGAGGAUGAUGCUUUAGGGUGACCUUCACGGAGAACGUGACAGCCUUUGUGGUGCCAGAAGGUAAGGGUGUGGAGCUGCCAGCUUUGAAGGGCCUGAAGGGCUGCUGCAAGCUCAAUGAUGGCCAGCCUUGCCACAGCCAGUUCGAAUCAGCUGCUGUUGACGACCUACGUUUGUCUUUUGCUGGUAUGACAAGGAAGGAGCAUGACAUCGUAGUGUUGUCUCAGAUUUGCUGUGGCAUGCAUGUGGGAAGCACUGUUAAACAUUCUAGAAAAAUCAAAGAACGACAAGCGACAAGGACUACUUAUUAUUUGUAUGGACAUGUGAUUUGUAGGGAAUUUUUUAGUUAUGUUCACAAUAUGGGCCAAGAUAAGUUGAAUGCCCUUAUUGCCCACUUUAAGGCUGCUGGAAUUGAGGCCAGGCAACAUAAAUCAUCAAAGAGGGCCCCAAAACAUGCUCUGUCCUUUGAAGAUACAAAAGCUGUGGUAGACUUCAUUGUCAACUUUGCUGAGUUCCAUGCUAUUGUGCUUCCAGGACGUCAGCCUGGUCACUGGAACACCAACGUCAAACUGCUUUUUACAAAUGUAACUAAGAAGAAGGUGUAUGAUGGUUACUGUGCCUCUGCCACUGUCAGUGACAGACGCAUUGUAAGCAGGCAGACCUUCAAUCGUUUAUGGAAGCAGUUGACACCGUUUGUCACAACCAUGCGUCCUGCAACUGAUCUUUGUUGGUUUUGUCAGAAGAAUUCAGGUCACCUCUUGCGUACAGCCAAUCUGCCUGAUGCUGAAAAAGGCCAAGCAGUUUUGGAAAAGCAAGAUCAUUUAGAAAAGGCUUCUAAAGAACGCUCCUAUUAUCAGCAGGUUUGUGAAGCCGCUAAAAAUAGUUUGCCAGCUGGUACCACUCUUGGUCAAGAAGAUAGGAGGAGCUUUUCUGUUGAUGGGAUGUCCCGUUAUAGCUUUGAUUUUGCACCGCAAGUGCACUACUCGAGCAACCCAUUGCAGCCGGGUCCAAUAUUUUUCAAAACUCCAAGGAAGCGUGGCUUGUUUGGAGUAGCCUGUGAGGCAAUACCUUGUCAGGUAAAUUUUCUUUUAGAAGAAUGUGUUUCAGCAGGUAAAGGGACCAACUGUGUUGUGUCUCUUCUUCAUUAUUUUUUUUUAAUUUAUGGCUUAGGAGAGAACCAUGUCCAUCUGCAUGCUGAUGAUCCUACUGCAGUGGACAAAAUAAAAAUAACUGCAUGAUGCAGUAUCUUAUGUGGAGAGUCCUCACAGGAAGACACAUGAGUAUUAAACUGUCAUUUCUUCUGACAGGACACACAAAGUUCAGUUGUGACUGGUGUUUUGGUCUUGUCAAACACAUGUUUCAAGUGACCAAAGUUGACUGCCUGGAAGGCAUUGCUAAUGUUGUCAAUGAGUCUGCCACAUGCAAUGUCGCACAUUUAUGUGAAACUGAGGCAGGGGAUGUUUUGGUGCCGGUAAAUGACUGGACCAAAUUUCUCGGAAAGUUUUUUAGAAAAAUGAUUGGAAUUAAAAAAUAUCACCAUUUUCAGUUCCAGCAUGACAGCACAUCAGUAAAAUGUAAACAAUUUGUUGAUUCUGAUCCAAUUGAUUUUGUUUUAUUGUCCAAAGCUCUUGAUUUUAAUUUAAUGCCUGAAAUCGUUGUUCCUGCUGGACUUGAUCCAUCAAGGCAGUGGUAUUUGUAUGAUGAAAUUAGACCUUUGUUAGUGAAGAGAUGAAAAACAGAGUGACCCCUCUUCCAAAAUGCCGAAAGCCUACCCAAGUGAGCAUGCAUGAACAUGAUAGUGAUGAGGAAGAGGGUCCAUCAGAGCCGAAAGCCAGGAAGGGGGGAAAGGGGUAUCGACUAAGAGCAAGGGGAAGAAAAAGUAGGGGUAUUUUUGUUUAAGUUUUAAAGAUUCACUGCGUACUCUAUUUAAAUUUCAACAUGAUUUUAUUUAUAUUCUUCUGACUAUAACUGGUCAUUGGACUUGCUGUGGUGAAUUGAUAACUUUCGUAAUUUUGUUGUAUGUUGGUUCUGAAGAUGUGUUUUGGCAGCCUUGAUCAGAAGUUUCAUGUUUAUGUCGGUUGUCAUUUCCUUUGUUUUAGUGUAGGUGUUUUUACACCCCCGUGGACACAAUUAAGUUCGUUUAGGAGGUGUGCUUCAACCUUGUCUGUGUGGGACAAAGUGGUUACUGGUUGUUUUUCUAUGUAAACAUGCUAUUCCAUACUGUUUUGGGUUUUUUCGAUGAAAGCAGGUCUGUAUAAUUAAUAUAUUUCGUGUGUAUGCAUGGAAAUGUAAAAAUGUCAACGGAUUUCUGUUGGAAAAAUAUUGUGGACAAGAAGUACAAAUAAAUUAUGUGCUUUAUGUUCUAAAAUCAUCUUAACUUUGUUUGUUUGUUUGCUCUGUUUUGUGUUUAGAUUGUCUUCCACUUAAAAUGGUUACAAUUUGACGCGUUUUUAUUUAAUUCAAUGAUUUACUGUUGUAACAUAAAAACAGUCAUAACUUCACAUAGAAGGGAGGUAUUUCCGUAAAAUAAAAAGCAAACUGUCCACAAAUGGUACCUCUAUGCUGUGGUAUCAGCAUUAUUGCUUCUAUGCCUUGUCAUCAUGGAAAAUGUGUUCCCAAAGUAAGCAAAACUUUAAAACCUGUUUUCUCAGAAUUUAACAUUCGAACCCCUGUUCACUUUAAAAUGCCAUAACUUUUGGCAGAAUGCUCCAAUUGCACUCAAAUAAAGUGCAAAAUGCUCGGGACAGGUGUGUCUUUUAUAAUAUGCAAAAAAGUCAAUUUUGAAAAUUUUCACCUUGUGAAGGGUUUUCUCAGAGCCGCACACCCCUAAAUCAAACACUAAAAUCCUUCAUGUGU